AUGUCUAGUCGACUGUUAAAGAAGUUUCUAAAGGAGAAGACCCGCGAUGAGAUAAAAACACUUGGCGAGUCGGUGGAGGAGGAGGCCGUGACGGUUAGGCCAAAGAAGAAGAGCGUCUUUGCGUACUUGGACGACUCGGACGGGAGUGACGGAAGUGGGGAUAGCGGAGCUAGUCAGCCUGAUGGGGAAGAUGAAAAGGGGAAAGGAAAAGUGCCUUGCAGCGGUGAGAAGGGAACGAAAUCCCAAAACGGCGUAAAGGAGAAGCAGUCGCAAAGCGGCGUAAAGGAGAAGCAAUCCCAAAACGGCACAAAAGAAAAGCAGUCGCAAAAUGGUGGCAAGGGAGCCCUCCCUCCGCGCAACGCGAAGAAGAAGAAAAAAAAAAAGAAAAAUCUGGACGCGGAAAUAGAUGACAUAUUACACACAAUGAACGCCGAGUCUAAGCAAAAAACGGGAGGACACUCAAAUGGCAAGGAGUCGGAUGAGGACCCACAUGAAGGGCAGGAUGAUCAAUCUCAAAUUAAUCUACCCGAAUUAUCAGCAUGUACACACGAAAAAUAUGAUUAUUCCUUGAGAUUAGAAAAAGGAAAUUUCGAUGUCAAUAUAGAAUUGAAGAGAAUCUUCGGAAAAGAUUUCGUAAAGGAAAAAAAAUUUAUCCAAAAAAGUAAAAUAAAAUAUAUGAAAAAUUGGCUGAUACAAGAUUAUACUACGAAAAUUGUGCAUCCACCAAUUUCCAUGAAAAAAUAUGGAAAUGAAUUUAAACUGGAAAAGUAUAAACUAUACCUAGAGGCAGAAAACCUGUUCUAUGUUCUGUUAGAUACACAUGACAUAGAAGCAAUGCAUAAUUUGUUAAAAAAAUAUCCUUUCCAUGUGGACACAUUAUUAGUUCUUUCAGAAUAUUAUAACGAAUCAAACAAUUUUGAAGUUGCGAAUAAAUUCACGAAAUUGUCUCUCCUACUUUUGCAACAUGUCUUUCAUAUCGACUUCCAUCCGAAUAAUUUAAACAAAGAAAGAUACAUAUACGUAAACCCUUACCUCUAUGAUAACAAGGCUCUUUUUAAAGCGCUUUACAUGCAUAUGCUGUCUCUAGAAAAUGAAGCCUGUACAAUUACUUCCCUUGAAAUUGCUAAACUCCUAUGCAAAAUCGAUCUGCAGUUUGACUUGUGUAGUAUCCUCCUCCGUAUCGACAGUUUAAUUUUGAAGUGCAACUUAUUUGAAUUCCUAAUUUAUUUUUCUUUCAAUUUUGUUAUACAAAAUGUGCAGUGCGUCGUUCCCCCCGCAAGACUCAGUCAGAUCAUAGCCACCUCCUUCCCAUCUGCCGAGGGAAACUUCUUUCACGAUCAAAUGAAAUUUCCAGAAAUUCUCCCCCCCAAGUGGGAGGAGGAUAUUUGGAAGGGACAACCAGCACAGUAUUAUUUUGAUCAGCAGGGAAACGUACACGCGGGGGAGGCACCGGCAACAGCAACCGAAACCGCAACCACAGCUAUAGCAACACCCCCUACAGUGGUAGUAGCACCUCCAGCAUACACGGGAGACGAGGGGGAGUCAUCAAGUAAAGCCAAUCAACUAGCCCAUGGAUACACGGAGGAAGGUGUGUCACCCUCUACGGAACCAAGAACAGACCAACUGGAUCAAAUGAGUGACGAAAAAAGGGAACCCCCAAAUGAUGCAGACUGGAAUGAUGAACCACUUUAUCGGAUGGAGAAUGAAGAUGGGUCGGAGUUGUCCAUGGGACCGAAGCAAUACUCUGUGGAUGAGAAGGAUAACCCCAUGGAAGGGGUCUGCAAAGGAGGCAAACGCUUCGAAGAUUGUGGAGCGCAAACGGCCGAACCAGCCAAACCAGCCGAACAGGCCAAGAACACCCUCCAGAGCAAACUCCUCUUCGAGAACUUCGAAAUAAGGUUGCACUUCAUCCUCCCCAACUUCGCCUUCUCUCUUCCUUUAAGCAUGUACCUAAAGAACAACAACCUUGUUGACUAUCACGAGAUUCGCUUGAUCACCGUGGACGACCUGGUGAGAUCCUUCACAUAUGAAGAAUGCGAAUUUCUCAGUCCCCAUUGCGAUAUACGUUUUGAUUGUCACAGGGAUGGUGGAAGAAGCGAAAAAUUCCGACCCGACCGACUUGAUCCAAGUGCCCAUGGUGAGGAUCACCUGGGUAGUGCUGAGCGUCAACAGAGCGCCCACCAACAGAAGAAGGUACAACCCUCCUUGUCCUACUCAGCACACGUAACCCUCCUAAGAGCACUUCUAUGCUUUCCCAAUUUCCUCCAAACCUUCCUCAAUUACAACAAUUUUAAAACAACCAAGGUGGUGAAGAAGACGAUUUAUGAGACAUCCUUCAAGGAUAUCCUAUCAAGUCGUCCAUUUUCCUCUCCUAGUCUAUUUGGUCUGCAGGAGUAUGAAACGGUACAGAAGAUAAUUUUAUGUUACCUAGAAAAGAACAAUAUAUAUUACAAAUCGGAGAAAAUCAUCACGUGGUUCCACGUGUGCAGUGCGUUUCUGCAUGAGUUGUACAUGGACCCCUCAGCGGCCAAAGCCCUGGAUAAAGCCCGAGCACAAUGGCACAGCAAGAUUCCCCUCCUCGACAUAAACAAAUACAAGGAUGUUCGGGUUGGAGAAUUCAAGUCAAGCAAUUACCUACUACCAGAUUUUAUGAUGGAGAAAAAUAGAACCUACUCUCCUCACACACCCGGAGCACCCUCUAAUUAUUACGUGUCCCUAAAUAGCAAUUUAGUUAUAGCCUUCUUCCAGAGUCUACUCCCCUGGUAUCAAGUGGAUUACUAUGGCACGCAUUCAAGGCCUGUCUACUUCUCCACGCUUAUACAAAACGUUGUGAACGAAACCAAGCGUCUCUUUAAUUUCCAGUAG